AUGGGGCAGUCUCAUAUAGACGGUGGAGGUACUUACUCUUUGAGGUUUCCGCUUGAGCUCCAUGAUCGCAGUCGCGAAAUCGAUGAACGAGAGGUAUCCGAUGAAAGAUCGAAGCAACAAGCGGCAAGAAGUAGCAAUUGUCAGCCAUCAAGCGCUAUGUUAAACUUUCGCGGCAUUCAGUUUGCUGUUGCCAUAGCCGCGCUCGGUACUUCGUGCCACUACUUGUGGCUGGCCUUACGACCAAAUUCACGAGCGCAUCAUGACUCACCGCUCUUCUGUGAAAGUGGGGAACGGUCUCCGAUUUACUUCCUUUUUGCGCCCGGACUUGCCCUGUCCGGUGUCCUGUUGUUCCUCGCCGGAUGCGAAGCUGCAAACGCGUAUGAAUCCUGUAACCUUUGGACGCUGGCGAUGGCGCUGCGGAUCUUUGCUGUAUGUGCGGCCAUCGGUUUGGCGGGCAUGGGCUUGGUCACAAACCCGAUGAGCCGCUCCUUCCAUGAUCUGGCGACCUAUGCUUUCGUGGGAGGCGCAGCCUCACUGCUGCUACUUGGUAUAGUUGCCUCUACAUACCUACAGGUGUAUUCCGCGCACGAGCAAUCCUGUCUUGCUUGUUUACUUGUUCGGAUCGUGCUGCUGGCACAUGCUUCGUCCAGGGCCUACGAAUUCUUGGGAAAGUAUGGUCGAGCAAUGGCUAUGGUAAGCCAAGCUGACCAUGGAGGUGAUGCCGACACACCAGCCGUGGAUCGAAAGGUGAUGAAGCGACUGCUGACGCAAAGCGCUGUCGCUCAGUAUGCGGCCCUUGCGUCGCUGUGCUUCUCUGCCGCGCUCCUGCAUCCCUGA